AAUGAACUAUUUUUUUAUUUCUAUAUCAAUCUACUAGUAGGAUCUUUACGCUGAAGUCUGAAUUUCCAUCUUCAUGUUCAAGAUUUCCUUGUUUCCUUGAAAGGGUUGUUUUUUAAAUCAUGGGUUUGUUUUGAUGUAUGAUUCUAUUUGUGGUCUUAAAGAGUAAAAGAAAAAAAAGAAAAUCUAACUUUAUAUAUUCAAACCUUUUCUCUGUACAUAUUUUGAUUAGUACUUUGAGCUGAAGAAGAAAGUGUUUUUCAGCAAAAUUUAUGGUGUGAAUUAGCUCAGUGGUGAAACCCAUUAAGUUUAUUGAAGAAGAAUCCAAGCUAAGCUUUCACAUUGAAGAAAAACAGAGUACUCUGUUUUGGUAACAGAGUGAGUACCCCCAUUAGCAUUACCAAUGGCAGAGAAAGGGUUAAGAACAGCAUUAUUUCCUGCAAAAGUAUGGCAAAAUUCAUGGUUUUACCUGAGAUUUCCAAUCUUAGUAAUGGUGGUUUGUAUGGGGAUUUUAGUUAUUUAUGGUAUUGAUGAGUUAACAAUAAAAACAUGGAGGAAACAGCAUUAUCCGCUAUUCAAUAUUUCAAACAGCAAUUUAUCAGAUUUAAUGGUUACUGCAUGUGAAAAUGGAACCUGUGCUUAUCAUCAAGAUAUCUUCAAUGCAACUCAAUCUCCACAGCAUUUAGUUUCUCAAAAUCCGAAAAAGAAAAAGCAUUCGGAUGUAAUUCAAUCUCCGAAACUUUUAGUUUCUCCGAUUCCGAAGAAGCAUUCGGAUUGGAUUUCGGUUGAGUUAGAGAAGAAUUUCACAUCGAAUUUAUUAACAAGAUGGAUGCUUCACGAACCAUGUAUGAACUGUUCUACAUUUGAUAUUCACAUUCCACUUCUGGAUGGUUUGAAGAUGGAGAAAAUGAAUAAUCUUGUAGAAUUAUCAGCUGGAGAUGUGCAUUCUUUUGAUUUUCAGGCUGUGGAUGAGUCCGGGAAUCCGAAAUGUUUAGGUGGUGAUUAUUUCGAAUUGGAUCUAUCUAGUGAAUUAUGGAAAUCUCGUCCGCCUAUCGAAGAUCACGGAAAUGGUUCUUAUUCUUUUUCAUUGCAAGUUCAUCAAGAUUUUGCGGGUGAAUUCAAUUUGACGAUUAUUCUUUUGUAUAAACAGUUUCAAGGUCUUAGAUAUGUUCCUGAGAAGUUUGUUUAUCAGAAAGAGCUUCGUCUGAUUCCUGUCAAAUUCUAUAAAGACAAUGCCACCACCGCAUUGCCUGAAUUGGAAGCUUGUAAAGUGUCUGAUUUCUCUCGGACAAUUUGGGCAGGCCGGUGGACGCGGCAUGGGAGAAACGACGAUUGUGAAAUCAGCCACGAUGGCCGUUAUAGAUGUCUGGAAGCGGAUUUCCCUUGUAAAAAUCCAUGGUGUUUUGGUUCAUUAGCUUCAUUAGAGAGUAAUGGUUGGGUUUAUUCAAGUCAUUGUUCAUUCAAGAUUUUCAAUCAGAAAUCAGCUUGGGAUUGUCUGAAGAACAGAUGGAUUUUCUUUUGGGGUGACUCGAAUCAUGUCGAUUCAAUCCGUAACCUUCUCAAUUUUGUUCUGGGGUUAACUGAGAUUGCAGCAGUCCCGCGAAGGUUCGAUAUGAAUUUCACAAACCCGUUAAAUUCUUCAGAAUCUGUUCGGAUUACUAGUAUUUUCAACGGUCAUUGGAACGAUACAAUGAAUUAUGAAGGGUUGAAUUCCCUUAGCAAUGGAGAGUAUAGGGAUCUAUUGAAGCGUUAUUUCUCCGAAGCAACCGUUCCUGAUACAAUGAUUAUGAAUUCCGGCCUCCACGAUAUCAAGUUCAGGAGCAUUAGAGCCUUCACCGGUGGAGCUGAUUUCGCCGCAAAGUUCUGGAAAGAAGUAAUUGAUUCAGUGAAAGCAAGAAAUUUGACAGCACCAAAACUUUUGUACAGAACGACGGUGACCACAGGAGGAUAUGCAAGAGGGUUAGGAUUUAAUCCACAGAAAAUGGAGGUUUAUAACGACGUCGUUUUAGAUAAAUUGAGAGAACACGAGAUACUAUCAGGUGUUAUUGAUGAUUUCGAUAUGACAUUUCCAUGGCAUUACGAUAACCGGUGUAACGAUGGUGUACAUUAUGGAAGAGCUCCAGCAAAGGCAAGAUGGAGGGAUGGAGAAAUCGGGCAUCAGUAUUUUGUGGAUCUCAUGCUUGUGCAUGUGAUUCUUAAUGCACUCUGUGCAGCAAGAUAGGAAUGGAAUGGACAAGAAGAUUUUUUAAGGGAUGAGGUACAUACAGCUUUGAUUGAGCCAGCCAUUGUUGGUUGGCAAAUUCUGGCCGAGUUAAUUAUGGAUGGCGACUGAUCCACAUUCGUCGGUCACAGAGGGGAUGGCAUUCUUUAUUUGUUUAGCUACUUUGUACUUACACUAUAAGGUAGAAGAAGGGGUAGUAGUUUUUGUUUGUGCAAAGAGAAUAUACCCCAUAAUAUGAGAUUUGAAUUUUUACUAGAUUUUUUCUUUUCUUUUUAGGAGAGAAAGAAAAUUGUAUGUAGAGCAAAUUAUUUUUAUGUAGAUUAAUAAUGAUAGUGAUUACAUAAUGAAUGAAUCUUUUGUUUCUGUAAA